AUGGAACUAGGGGUCAGUGGAGAUGAUGAAGGCUUUGCUGAAGGUGAUGGUCAGGUUGAUGUCCAAAUGGAGUGUUCGCCUGUUGUAGACCUAGAAGAUGAGUUACUAGAAGGUCCAAGGAACAAUACUGUAUAUUAUGCAAUUCCCUCUACAAAUACAGAUGAAGAUAAACAGGGGAAAAAUUUCACAAAAGAUGAAGUAGAAGAAAUGAUGAAGUCAGAUGCCUAUCAACGAAAGAUUGCAACUUGCCACCUGUGUGGAAAAUGCUGGUUCAAUAAUUCUUUUACUGCCGACUGCUGUGAGUGUGGUGGCUUCCCGCUACACAGGCCUUGUCCCAUAUGCCAAGGAGAAUGUAACCAAAUAUGGACACGCAAUAUCAGAUCAUCUCACACAUAUCACCAAGCUUACUGGGAUGGAACCUGUAAACUUCCCCCUGAUGUACAGCGAGCUUAUUUUAUGCGUAAUGUUGUUGACAGUUCGGAACAGACCCUUGCUGAGGGAAUGCAAGACUUGUCCACAUGUUAA